GCCAUGGCGCCAUCGCGGGCUACGCUGCGAGUUCUGCCGCCACCACCGGUGUUCGCCUAUGUGGUGUCUGCGGUGCUCGUGCUCGCUUUUGCGUUGACUACAACGCCGGCACUUGUCAGCGGAUACCUGCAGGACGACGAGACACCAGAGGAAGUUCUUGGUCUGGCUGGAGGUGAAGUGUCCUUGCCCUGUGGUAGCUCACAGUUCCCCGGCCUCGCGGAGGAUGACGAGCCCAUUCUUGUUCUCUGGUUCCGAGAAGGGUCGGCCACGCCCAUCCUCAGCGCGGAUGCACGUCGGGGUGGUGGACUUGCCAACGCCAAGUGUCUCGUCUGCAUCUCCGAGGAUAUCUGCGUGGCAGCAGGCCCAGACAUCUACAAUGAAAACGCGGGUGGUCUUCGAGCAGUUGAGUACAUACCUCUGAGACACGACGCGUGCAGCUCGCAGUAA